UAGCGCGUCCCUCCCACAAGAUGGCUACGUGAUACGUCUCUGCGAUUACGCCAAGUUGUGACGCCAUAGCCUCGCGUGAUGAGACUUGGGGCACCAGGAAUUGCCUGAAAGACAGGAGGCAAGGAGCUUGCGGUUAGCGGCUUUGCGGGAGGUGUCUUUGGGAACAUGGCAGACACAACGCCAAGUGGGCCUCCGCAGGGAGGAGUAGUGCAAUUUCUGAUGGCAAAUAAGCUUGACACUGCAAUGUGGCUUUCCCGGUGGUUUACAGUAUACUGUUCAGCUUUAUUUAUUCUACCAAUUUUAGGCUUACAUGAAGCCGCUAGCUUCUAUCAACGUGCCUUGUUGGCAAACGCUUUGACUAGUGCUCUUCGACUGCAUCAGAGAUUACCACAUUUCCAACUAAGCCGGGCAUUCCUGGCCCAAGCUCUGCUAGAGGACAGUUGUCAUUACCUCCUGUAUUCACUCAUCUUUGUCAAUUCCUAUCCUGUUACAAUGAGUAUUUUCCCAGUCUUGCUCUUUUCCUUGCUUCAUGCAUCAACUUACACAAAGAAGGUUUUAGAUGCCAAAGGACCAAACAGCAUGACUUUUGUCAGGUCUUUUCUUGACAAACUAAAUGCGAAUCAGCAAAAUAUUCUAAAAUUUAUUGCUUGCAAUGAGAUAUUUUUAAUGCCCGCUACUGUGUUCAUGCUGCUUAGCGGCCAAGGGAGUUUACUUCAGCCCUUCAUUUACUACAGAUUUCUAACACUCCGAUAUUCCUCCAGAAGAAAUCCGUAUUGUCGAACAUUAUUUUCUGAGCUGAGAAUUAUCCUUGAACAUCUUGUAAUGAAGCCAGUGUGUCCGGACUUUGUGAGAAGGUUGUGUCUUAGCAGCAUUGCAUAUAUAAGCAGGCUUGCACCAACAAUGGAGUGACUUAUGUUUUGUUCUGUGAUGUGUAUGUAUAAACAAGCAUUAGCAGCUGCUAUUUCUGCUCAUAGUAUGAUACCUGGGUGCAUUAUACCACAUUCAACCAAGUGAUUCCAUAGAAAUCAUGUUGAACUCUAUUAUGUAUUUUUAUAUGUCACUUCUUACAGUUUCUUAACCCCCUAUCCUUCAUGUGGUCCAUUGCAGUUGUUCUUUUUUUGGGGAUGUUAAAGUUACAUGACACACUGGAUGAUAUUUCCCUUCCAGCAAAUCCAGGGCAAGGACUAAAUCUCUUUGGGCUCUUUUUUUUAUACUGUAUGCAACAACGACAUAAAAAUGCACAACAUUAACAAUAUUGACUUCACCUGUUUUUUUUACCAUUUCCCCAGCAAACGUGAUAGGAAAGCAGAAUGGUAUUGGUUGUAGUGUUUAUUUUUUAUUAAAAUAUAAAUUUAUUAAGGUUCAGUCUUUGUAAUGAACCUCUGGUACCGAGAUGUACAUAGAAUAGAAAAAUUUACACAGUGCUUGUAAAAUUCCAGCCUUCUGUUUCAAUAAAAGUCUGACCUCCUCAAA